CUUGUGGCACAUGUGCUCUCUGCUUUUUUACGAGUUUUCACCCGAUAACUGAUAAAAUUCUCGCGAAAAACCGCGAUAAAAGUGUGAAAUAGUGCACGUUGCAACGGUAGUUAGUGAAGAUUGACAAAAAUCAUCAAAGUCACCGCGAAAAAGGACCGAAAAUCAAAUUUCGUUUCAUUAAAAUUCAAGUAAAAUGUCGGAAACGUGCCUUUUGUUGAAGGAUGGGACGCGCAUUUGCGGCGAAUCGUUUGGCGCUCGCAUCGAAGCCGAAGGAGAAGUUGUCUUCCAAACCGGAAUGGUCGGCUAUCCGGAAUCAAUGACGGAUCCCUCGUACCAAGGCCAGAUUUUGGUACUUACUUUUCCAUUAAUCGGCAAUUACGGCGUGCCCGAUGACCAAGAAGUCGACGAAAAUGGCCUCACGAAGUGGUUUGAGUCGAUGAAACGCAUUUACAUUGCUGGCUUAAUCGUCGGCGAGGUGUGCAAUGAGCCGUCACAUUGGAAAAUGACGCAAACAUUGUCGGAAUGGAUGAUUAAGUACAACAUUCCGGGCAUGACGAACGUUGAUACGCGUGCUUUGACGAAGAAAAUUCGCGAGCAAGGAACAGUUUUAGGUCGCAUCGUUCAUGGACCCCCAAAGGACCAUUACGAGUUCGAGGAUCAAAAUGUUCGCAACUUGGUAGCGGAAGUUUCCAUCCUGAAGCCCCAAACUUACAAUCCGGAGGGCUCCCCGCGUAUCGUUGCCGUCGAUUGCGGUCUCAAAAUGAACCAAAUUCGGUGUUUCUUGAAACGUGGGGCUCGUGUCGACCUCGUUCCGUGGAAUUAUCCGCUCGAUACCAAGGAAUAUGACGGUUUGUUCUUGAGUAACGGUCCCGGCGAUCCACAAAUGUGUCGUCAAACAGUCGCCAACAUCCAAAAAGUGCUGCGAGGCAGUGUCGUGAAGCCCAUUUUCGGCAUCUGCUUGGGACAUCAACUCAUGUCGACGGCAAUCGGGUGCUCGACGUACCACAUGAAGUACGGAAAUCGUGGUCAUAACCUUCCCUGCAUCCAUCACGACACCGGACGAUGCUUUAUGACGACCCAAAAUCACGGAUUUGCUGUGGAUGCCGCCACGUUGCCGCAAGAAUGGAAUAUUCUCUUCACAAAUGCGAAUGAUCAGACGAACGAGGGAAUUGUUCAUAAAAGUUUGCCGUAUUUUAGUGUUCAAUUCCAUCCGGAGCACUGUGCGGGACCCGAAGACACGGAAAUUUUGUUCGAAGUUUUCUUGAAUGCCGUGAAAGAGUGGAAGGCGGGCAAUAAAGUUGUCGUUCGCGAUGAAAUUACAAAGGCUUUGACGUAUGAACCUGUGUUUAAAAUUGAUCGUCCGAAGAAAGUGCUGAUUUUAGGCUCUGGCGGAUUGUCGAUUGGACAAGCGGGAGAAUUUGAUUAUUCGGGAUCGCAAGCAAUUAAAGCGUUAAGAGAAGAGAAGAUUCAAGUUGUGUUGAUUAAUCCGAAUAUUGCGACAGUUCAAACAUCGAAGGGAUUGGCGGAUAAAGUUUAUUUCUUGCCACUUACGAAAAAUUACGUUGAACAGGUCAUCAAAAACGAGCGUCCCCAAGGCGUUUUAUUAAGUUUCGGCGGUCAAACCGCUCUCAACUGCGGCAUCGAGUGCGAAAAAGCCGGCGUUUUCAAAAAAUACGGCUGCCAAAUUCUCGGAACGCCAAUUCAGUCCAUCAUCGAGACUGAAGAUCGCAAAAUAUUCGCGGAUCGCGUUAGUGAAAUUGGUGAAAAAGUUGCGCCAUCAGCUGCCGUCUAUUCCGUCAAAGAAGCUCUCGAAGCUGCCGAAAAAAUUGGUUAUCCCGUAAUGGCACGAGCUGCCUUCGCAUUGGGCGGUCUCGGCUCUGGCUUUGCAAACAACAAGGAAGAGUUGAAGGAAUUGGCGCAACAUGCUUUAGGCCAUUCAUCGCAACUUAUCAUCGAUAAAUCGCUGAAAGGAUGGAAAGAACUCGAAUAUGAGGUCGUUCGAGAUGCCUACGAUAACUGCAUCACCGUUUGCAACAUGGAAAAUGUCGAUCCGCUCGGAAUUCACACGGGAGAAAGUAUUGUAAUCGCUCCAUCUCAAACGUUAUCGAACCGGGAAUACAAUAUGUUACGAACCACAGCGAUAAAAGUCAUUCGUCACUUUGGAAUUGUGGGCGAAUGCAACAUUCAAUACGCCGUAAAUCCAUUUUCCGAGGAAUAUUACAUCAUUGAAGUCAAUGCAAGGCUCUCACGUAGCUCCGCACUCGCCAGUAAAGCCACCGGAUACCCAUUAGCGUACGUGGCUGCCAAAUUAGGACUCGGCAUCGCCCUUCCCGACAUCAAAAACAGCGUAACUGGCGUCACCACAGCCUGUUUCGAGCCCUCGUUGGAUUACUGUGUCGUAAAAAUGCCGCGUUGGGACUUGUCAAAGUUCACACGAGUCAGCAAAAAUAUCGGAAGUAGCAUGAAAAGUGUCGGCGAAGUCAUGUCGAUCGGCAGAAAGUUCGAGGAAGCAUUCCAAAAAGCCCUGCGAAUGGUAGAUGGCAACGUAAACGGCUUCGAUCCCGAUUUGUAUCCCGUAAAUGACGAUGUCUUGAAAGAACCAACGGAUAAACGCAUGUUUGUCCUUGCCGCUGCCUUACAAGCGGGCUACAGUGUCGAUCGCUUAUAUGACUUGACCAAAAUCGACCGUUGGUUCCUGCAAAAAAUGAAAAAUAUUAUUGAUUUUGAUACAAAAAUGAAAAAAUUGGGCAAUAAUUUACCGAUUGAGGUCUUGAGACAAGCGAAAUGCAUCGGUUUUUCCGAUAAACAGAUCGCAAAUUGCAUAAAAUCCACAGAAUUAGCGGUCCGGAACACUCGGGAAGAGAACGGCGUUCUUCCGUUUGUCAAACAAAUCGAUACUGUAGCUGGAGAAUGGCCCGCAUCCACAAAUUAUUUGUAUAUGACGUACAAUGCGAGUUCCCACGACCUGGAUUUCCCCGGAGAACACACGAUGGUCAUCGGAUCCGGCGUUUAUCGCAUCGGAAGUUCCGUGGAAUUUGAUUGGUGUGCCGUCGGAUGUCUCCGAGAGCUGCGAAAUCUCGGCAAAAAGACAAUUAUGGUGAAUUACAAUCCGGAAACGGUGUCCACGGACUACGACAUGUGCGAUCGUCUGUAUUUUGAGGAAAUUUCCUUCGAAACUGUCAUGGAUAUUUACAAUGUUGAGAACCCGGAUGGCAUAAUUUUGUCUAUGGGUGGUCAGGCUGCCAAUAAUAUCGCUAUGGACUUGCAUCGACAACAAGCGCGCAUUUUGGGAACGUCCCCCGAUCAAAUUGAUUCCGCCGAAAAUCGUUUCAAGUUCUCGCGGAUGCUCGAUCGCAAGGGAAUUUUGCAGCCCCGCUGGAAGGAACUCACAAAUCUUCAAAGUGCCAUCGAAUUUUGCGAGGAAGUUGGGUAUCCGUGUCUCGUUAGACCUUCAUAUGUCUUGUCGGGAGCUGCAAUGAACGUCGCUUACUCGAAUCAGGACCUCGAGACUUAUUUGAAUGCCGCUUCCGCUGUCAGCAAGGAACAUCCCGUCGUCAUUUCGAAAUUCAUCAUGGAAGCGAAGGAAAUUGACGUUGAUGCGGUCGCAGCUGACGGAGUUAUUUUAUGCAUGGCAGUUUCGGAGCACGUGGAAAAUGCCGGAGUUCAUUCGGGAGAUGCAACGUUAGUGACGCCGCCACAAGACAUCAAUCCGGAGACUUUGGAGAAAAUUAAGGGCAUUGCACGGGAUAUUGCUGCUUUGUUGGAUGUCACGGGACCUUUCAACAUGCAACUCAUCGCGAAAGACAACGAAUUAAAAGUUAUCGAAUGCAACGUUCGCGUUUCUCGAUCAUUUCCGUUCGUUUCCAAGACCUUAGAUCACGAUUUUGUGGCAAUUGCGACGCGAGUUAUUGUCGGACUUGAAGUUGAACCUGUUGACGUGCUUCGGGGAUGCGGCAAAAUUGGCGUUAAAGUCCCGCAAUUCAGUUUUAGUCGAUUGGCGGGAGCGGAUGUCAUGUUGGGUGUGGAAAUGGCAUCCACGGGAGAAGUUGCAUGCUUUGGUGAAAAUCGAUGGGAAGCUUAUUUGAAGGCGAUGAUGUCGACAGGGUUCCAAAUUCCGAAAAAAGCGAUUUUGUUGAGUAUUGGAAGCUUCAAGCACAAAAUGGAAAUGUUGUCAUCGAUUAGGACACUUCAAAAGCUCGGUUAUAAAUUGUAUGCGUCAUUGGGUACCGGUGACUUCUAUGCCGAACAUGGAGUUGACGUCGAAUCAGUUCAGUGGACUUUCGAGGCGAAUGCUGAUGAUGGCGGGGAACUGCGACAUUUGGCGGAAUUUCUCGCUAACAAACAGUUUGAUUUGGUUAUUAAUUUGCCGAUGCGAGGUGGAGGCGCCAGGCGAGUUUCCUCCUUCAUGACCCACGGCUACCGCACCCGUCGUCUCGCUGUCGACUAUUCCAUUCCUCUCGUAACCGACGUAAAAUGCGCCAAGCUUCUCAUCGAAGCAAUGCGCUUAAUUGGGUGUCGCGAGCCCCCCAUGAAAACCCACACAGAUUGCAUCUCGUCUCGUGUCCUCGUAAAACUACCCGGUUUCAUCGACGUUCACGUGCAUGUUCGCGAACCCGGAGCGACACACAAAGAGGAUUACGCUUCAUGCACGGCGGCAGCUCUGGCAGGCGGCGUUACAAUGAUUUGCGCCAUGCCGAACACAAAUCCGCCGAUAACUGAUAUGGAAAGUUUUCAACUGGUCACGGAUUUGGCGAAAGUUCAUGCGAGAUGCGACUAUGCUUUGUACGUGGGGGCAACAAGUACGAAUUACGACUCGAUUCCGGCACUGGCUCCGUAUGCGGCGGCACUGAAAAUGUAUUUGAAUGACACUUUUACGACAAUGAAACUCACUGACAUGACAAUUUGGGAGAAACAUCUCGCGCAUUGGCCUAAAAAUGGGGUUUUAUGUGUGCACGCGGAACGUCAAACGAUGGGAGCGGUCAUUUUGUUGGCUUCCUUGCUCGAUCGCCCGAUCCAUAUUUGCCAUGUGGCACGAAAGGAGGAAAUUUUACUCAUCCGUCAAGCGAAAGAACGUCGAAUUAAGGUCACUUGUGAAGUUUGUCCGCAUCAUUUGUUCCUCUGCACGAACGAUAUUGAGAAAAUUGGCAAGGGAACUUGUGAGGUAAGGCCCGUUUUGUGUUCCAGUGAUGACCAACAGGCACUUUGGGACAAUUUGGAUGUCAUUGAUGUCUUUGCCACGGAUCAUGCACCUCACACACCCGCAGAAAAGUACAGCGAAAAUCCUCCACCGGGCUUCCCAGGGCUUGAAACCAUCUUGCCGCUGCUCCUGAACGCCGUCAACGAAGGUCGCAUGACCCUGGAUGAGCUCGUGGACAAAUUCCAUCGCAAUCCACGUCGAAUUUUCCAUUUGCCGGAACAAGUGGCGACCUAUGUCGAAGUCGAUAUGAACGAGGAAUGGACAAUUCCCGAAAAAACGGCUUAUUCCAAGGCUCAAUGGACCCCAUUUGCCGGCAUGAAGGUCAAAGGUCGCGUUCAUCGGGUCGUUUUACGCGGCGAAGUUGCCUACAUCGAGGGACAAGUACUCGUGCAACCGGGUUUCGGGCAAAAUGUUCGCGAAUGGACGACGAAAUAUCUCUCCGGCAAGCUAAAUGGCUCGAUUGAUGACUUGACACGCCUUCGGAUUCAAGAACCCAGCGUGCGGGAACCUCUCGAGACGGAUGUUCGUACAAAUGACAUUUUUACGCAACUUUUGAGCGAUUCGGACAGCGGUAAGCAACGUAAUGUUCAUUUUAGUCCUCGUCAAAUGCUACGUCCCACUUCGCCAGCUAUGAUGAUGCGACCCAGACUGGAUUCCACGGGCGCCCAAGGUCAACCCUCACUUCCGGUGGGCAUUUCACCCGCUCGUAACUUAACAGGCAAAGAUAUUCUCUCGGUGGAUAUGUUCACGAAAGACAUGUUGAACGACGUUUUCAACUUGGCACAAACUUUCAAAGCGCAAGUCGUCAAGGGACGCCCCUUAGAUGAAGUUUUACGUGGAAAAGUGAUGGCAUCGAUGUUUUACGAGGUCAGUACCCGCACCUGUUGUAGUUUUGCAGCGGCAAUGCAGCGUUUAGGAGGGCGUGUCAUUUACAUGGAUGAGACAAGUAGUUCCGUGAAGAAGGGCGAGACGCUGGAAGACAGUGUUGCGGUGAUGUCGGGCUAUGCGGAUGUCAUUGUGUUGCGACAUCCUCAACCGGGAGCGGUAAUGAAGGCAGCGCAUCAUACGAAAAGUGUUCAUAAGAGACCGGUGAUUAAUGCGGGUGAUGGCGUUGGAGAACAUCCGACGCAGGCACUCUUGGAUGUCUUUACGAUUCGUGAGGAAAUUGGUACUGUGAACACGUUGACGAUUACAAUUGCGGGAGAUUUGAAACAUGGCAGGACUGUGCAUUCGCUUGCACGAUUGCUCACGUUGUAUGUUGUUAAUAUCAACUAUGUCAGUCCAAAAGGGCUUGAAAUGCCGCAAGAAGUUAUGGAUUUUGUCGCGCAACGAGGAAUUACGCAAAAGGUCUAUGAAACCCUUGACGAAGCUCUCCCACAAACAGAUGUCCUUUACAUGACUCGCAUCCAACACGAACGCUUCAAAUCUGAGCAGGAAUAUCAAGAAGCAUGCGGCAAAAUAGUGGUCACCCCGAAACUUAUGACACGUGCCCAGCGUAAGAUGAUUGUGAUGCAUCCGCUUCCCAGAAAUCAAGAAAUUAGCACGGAAUUCGACUCGGAUCCACGUGCUGCCUAUUUCCGUCAAGCUGAGUACGGAAUGUACGUUCGCAUGGCUUUACUUGCUCUCGUUUGCGGCAGAGGACAACAAUAAAAAAAAACAUUUUUUUUUUCGAUACAUUUAAACUUUGCAUUAGAAAUAAUAAAUAGACUGAUAAUUGGCAUGUUUUAACCCAUCAUUCCUUUAAAAAAAUAAAAAAUAGAAUUACCUUGAAAAAUUCCUAGAAAUUCAUAGUUGCCAUAUGAAAAAUAGAAACAGUUGGCUGUAAAAUCAGGUUCCGUGCCUCUUCCAUUUACAUAUUUUUGAAAAUUUUAUUAAAAAAUUUAUCUUUGUUAGUAGUUUGUAAGCAAAUUGGACCUUAUUCCACAAUACUUCAUUGUAUCCAAUUAUAAUAUACAUUUAUGAUAAUAAAUACAAAAAUUAAUUGAAAUUGCAAUUUCUUUUAUUUUAAUAAUUGGGUAUAAGACCUUUUAUUAACUAAUAUUUACAAAAUUAAUAUGAAAAUUUUAAAUUUUACCA